AAGUAUAAACAAUAAAACAAAGUUUAUUUUCACGUACUAUAGAUCAAUCUCCCCUAUUUUUCUCCACUUUGAGUGAUUUUCACUAUCAAAAUAAAAUAUAAGUACAUGAAUUUAUAUUUUCACAAUUGUAAUCCACUCUGAAAGGCCAGUCUCAAAACCGUAAAAUUCAACGUCAAAUUAACUACGACAUGCGGUUGUAACCUAUAAGGCAAAACAUUAAUUGGACAAUUCGAUGGAUUAGGAACUAUUUAUUAUAUCUAAGAAAGUACCGAAAUAUUUUCAGAAUUAAAUAUUUUUCUCUGUCAUAUUUCGAAUUAUUUGCUUUAGCGAGGAAUUAUAUAUCCUUGAAGCACGUUUGAAAAGAUUGUUUACUACUAAGAUAAUACGCGAUGUUAAUGCUCCGGUUCAUACGAGUUUGAUGUCUUUCCCUCCUCUGCACACGCAAGAUAAGAAUGCCGGUGACAAACCGGUAUAUGUCUUCAUUUAUAACGUCCUAUGCCACAAGCGAUGAACUCAUUCGUUGUUGGACGCGCCGGUCACGAUGGAGUUAUCGUCGUUAUUCUCGUCACCUUUCGCAGUUUUAUUGACCACUUUGCUCAUUAUCGGUGUGCUGAAAAUCGUCGCUUUUCUGUACCAUCUGUUCACAUACUGGAUUAAAAGAGGUGCCCCUUACAUAGACACAAUUACGUUUUUAAGACUGUUUUGGAAAAUGUUAUUGCAACGCAUAAGCUUCGCCGACCACAGCAAAUUCGUCUACAAUUAUUUGCCGGACGCUAAGUACAUCGGAUUGAUGGACAUGGCCACUCCUGUCGUCCUUCUGCGCGAUCCCGAGCUGAUCAAAGACGUCUUGGUGAAAGACUUUGAACAUUUCCCGGAUCACUUCCCUGUCGUGGAUGAGGACAUGGAUCCCUUCUUCGGUAGAAACAUCGGCUUUUUGCGUGGCGACCGCUGGAAAGAAAUGAGAAACACGUUGAGCCCUUCUUUCACCGCUAGCAAGAUGAAAGUUAUGUUUGAAUUGGUGUCAAAGUGUUCUCGCGAAUUCGUUGAAUACCUGGUAGAUCAUCCGGAACUGUGUUCCUCCAUCGACACGAAGGAGGUCUUCAGACGGUACACCACCGAUGUAAUUGCCACGUCGGCUUUCGGCAUAAGCGUGAAUUCUAUGAAGGAUCGGAACAACGAAUUUUUUACAAGAGGAAUGGAGACUUCCAAGGACUUGGCGUCGAUCGGCACGUUUAAGUUCCUCUUAUUUCGCGCAAGUCCGCGAUUAGCGAAGGCAUUAGGUAUUCACCUUUUCUCGCCGAAUACCUGUAAAUUUUUCAAGAGAAUCGUGGCUGAGACUAUUCAAGCUCGGGAAGAACAAGGUAUCGUCCGACCGGAUAUGAUCCACUUAUUGAUGCAAGCUCGUAACAAGGAGGGACCCAAUGUGUACAUAAUGACAUUGGACGACAUCGUGUCUCAAGCCUUCAUCUUUUUCUUGGCCGGCUUCGAAUCAUCCGCCACGUUGAUGUGCUUCCUCGCUCAUGAACUUGCGGUUAAUUCGGACAUUCAGGAUCGUUUGUUCGAGGAGGUGGAGCGACACUUUGCUGAGGGAGCCGGCGAGAUCUCUUAUGAGUCGGUGUCAAAGAUGACUUACAUGGACAUGGUGGUGUCCGAGACUCUCCGCAAGUAUCCGCCGGAGAUCUUCAUCGACAGGAUCUGCGUGAAGAACUACAAGCUACCUCCGGCUAAGCCGGGCUGCAAGAGCGUGAUCGUCGAAUCCAACUCCAUGAUAUGGGUGUCCGUUUACGCGUUGCACAAUGAUCCCAAGUAUUUCCCGAACCCGUCGAAGUUCGAUCCUGAGAGGUUCAGCGACGAGAACAAGGACAACAUUAUGCCGUACACUUACAUGCCUUUCGGCCUUGGGCCCAGGAUGUGCAUCGGCAAUCGUUUCGCUCUCAUGGAGACGAAACUCUUGGUAGCUAAUCUCCUUCACAAAUUUGUCUUUAAAGCCACCGAGAAAACCGUCGAGUCUGUCGUGUUCGAUGAAAAGCAAUUUACGUUGCAACCUAAAAGCGGAUUCUGGAUCGCAUUGGAGAAGAGGGAAAAGUAAAAUACAACAUCCCACGCGGAACGACUCACACAACUAGUAUUUCAUUGACAAAUGAAAUGUUAUCAUAGUAAAUGUUUAUUGUUAUUAAACGUUUCACUCUGUCUAUCGCUAUAACGUUCGAGAUAUCCUCAUUUUGUUUUUAACCGAAAAGUAAAAUUAUAUUUCUCAUAUAUAUUGUAAAUAUAAUUAAUAGAUUAUUAAGGACAAUGAUCAUUUUUCAUAUGGAUAAGUUCUAAAGUAUAAUAAGAGAACAACUAACUCUUGUUUCGGUAAAAUUUUAUUCCUGUAUCAAUCGUGUAAUAAUCCGAUGCAAUACAGUUUGUUGUUUUUUUUGGGCGGUUCAAUGUUUUUUUUGCUUUGUGCUUUUUCUUUGUGAUAAGAGGAUAUUAUAUCAGUAAUUGUCGCUCGUUAGAAGUGUUUCAUUCUCGAAAGUAAGGUAUUAAGUUGGUAUGCACAGAAAAAGAGCGAACAUAGUAAUUUAGAUAUAAUAUAAUAUUGAUUAUAUUAUGGAAAAUAUAAUAAUUCUAGAUUAAAUAGUUUGAUGUUUCGUUGAUUAAAAUGAAUAUUUAGAUGUUCCCUUUAAUCAUAUAGAUUAAGUGGAUAUUACAGAAUAUACACACACAUAGACACUUAUCUUUAUAGUUACAAAAGUAAAUAUAAUUACAUUUUUAAAUAUUGCUGUUCUUUAUGUACAAUUUUCACUCAAAUUAUAUGAAGAAGAAGAAUACAAAAAAAAAAUAAAUGUCUUUAUGAAAAUAAUUUAUUCAGAGAGAAUUUAAUAGGAAUGAAAAUCUGCACAACUAUCGGAAUCUUUCAAAUUAUAAAUAAGUUGAUUUCGUAAUAUACAAUGUAGUUGCAGGCACUUAAAUAAUUUUUUUAUAAUGUUAUUAAAUUGCGAAAGUGUCGAUAAUUUUCGCAUGU